AAAAUAAACAAUAAAUAAAAUACCUACUUACCGUGGGUCCCACUACGGUACUACUGCCGCCUUCUCCGACCGUAAUCAGCCGUCACCUGCCGGUUUAGUUACAAUAACAAUUUAGUAUUUAUUUGAAUUCUUUCUCUCAUCGAAGUCUAAGGAAGAUGGAGCGAGGAGCUUUAGUGGGUUCUUCUUCUACUUCUAGCUACUAUGUUCCUUACCACUUUCGCCAAUCAAAGUCGAAUUUUUCGUCAUUCAAACCAAAAAAUAAGCUAAACCCUACUCAAUUCCGGUUUAACUGUUCAUGGUUUAAGCCGGUUAGUUCUAUAACGGCGGCGAAAUGCAAUAUGUUUGACUACGCGGUGACUGCAGCCGGCGAUGUGGAGGCUGAGCAUCCAGUUGACGACAAACAGUUUGUGCGUUGGUUCCGUGAAGCAUGGCCUUAUCUUUGGGCUCACCGUGGCUGCACAUUCGUCGUUAUUAUCUCCGGCGAGAUCAUCGCCGGCUCUUCUUGUGAUGCCAUUUUGAAGGACAUAGCGUUUCUUCAUCAUCUAGGAAUAAGGUUUGUUUUAGUUCCUGGAACUCAGGAGCAAAUCGACCAGCUUCUGGCUGAGAGAGGACGCGAGGCUACGUAUGUGGGACGUUACAGAGUAACGGAUGCAGCAUCUUUGCAGGCUGCUAAAGAAGCUGCAGGAGCAAUAUCAGUGAUGCUUGAGGCCAAAUUAUCUCCUGGACCUUCUAUUUGCAAUAUCCGUAGACAUGGUGAUCGUAGUCGUUUACAUGAUAUAGGUGUUAGGGUUGAUACCGGUAACUUCUUUGCAGCAAAAAGAAGAGGUGUUGUUGAUGGUGUUGAUUUUGGAGCGACUGGUGAGGUAAAGAAGAUAGAUGUAGAUCGGAUUUGUGAGAGGCUUGACGGUGGUUCUGUAGUUUUGUUGAGGAACUUGGGCCACUCGAGCUCCGGAGAAGUCUUAAAUUGCAAUACCUAUGAGGUUGCUACAGCUUGUGCUUUAGCUAUAGGAGCAGAUAAGCUUAUUUGCAUAAUGGACGGCCCAAUUCUUGAUGAGAGUGGACAUCUUAUUCAUUUCUUGACACUUCAAGAAGCAGAUAUGUUAGUUCGAAAACGGGCACAACAAAGCGACAUAGCUGCAAAUUACGUAAAAGCCGUUGGAGAUGGAAGCAUGGCUUAUCCCGAACCUCCUAACAACACCAAUGGUAAUAUUACUUCUGCUCAAAACGGGAGAGCCGUUUCAUUUUGGGGAAACGGAAACCACACUCCGAUCUUUCAGAACGGUGUUGGAUUUGACAACGGAAACGGAUUGUGGCCUUGUGAGCAAGGUUUUGCUAUUGGUGGUGAAGAAAGAUUAAGCCGCUUAAACGGUUAUCUUUCUGAAUUGGCUGCUGCGGCGUUCGUCUGCAGAGGUGGAGUCAAAAGAGUUCACUUGUUGGAUGGUACUAUAAGUGGAGUUCUAUUGUUGGAGCUUUUCAAAAGAGAUGGAAUGGGAACUAUGGUUGCUAGUGAUGUUUACGAAGGAACCCGUGAUGCCAGAGUGGAAGAUCUAGCAGGAAUUAGACAUAUAAUCAAACCCUUGGAGGAAUCAGGGAUUUUAGUUCGCAGAACUGAUGAGGAGUUACUGCGAGCUUUGGAUUCAUUUGUGGUUGUGGAAAGGGAAGGACAGAUCAUCGCUUGUGCGGCUUUGUUUCCGUUCUUCAAAGACAAAUGCGGAGAAGUUGCUGCAAUCGCGGUUGCAUCAGAUUGUCGCGGUCAAGGCCAAGGCGAUAAAUUGCUCGGUGAAUAAACUCAAACCCUUUCUGUUACAUUUGCAAAGCAAAGCCAGAGAACCUCAAUGCAACAACACAAUCUAUUUCUGCAGAUUACAUAGAGAAGAAAGCUUCAUCUCUCGGGUUAGAGAAGCUGUUCCUACUCACAACGCGAACAGCGGAUUGGUUUGUGAGACGAGGGUUCCAAGAAUGCUCAAUAGAGAUCAUACCAGAGAGUAGAAGACAAAGAAUCAAUCUUUCAAGAAAUUCAAAGUAUUACAUGAAGAAGCUAAUCCCUGAUAGAAGUGGCAUUUCAGUUAUGAGAAUCUAAGCAAGAAGAUGACACACAUUAAGCAAACACACAGAACCAUAUUGUAAAAUCAAUAUUCAUAAUUCUCAAAAGCUUUCAACAUUGUUUGAUUUCGAAAAAUUCAAAAUACUUAUUUUGAUC